AUGGAUGCACGUGAAAAUGGAUAUGAUGAAAUAAACAAUACUUUAAAUGAAUCUUUAGAUGAUUCAACAGUAUUUAGUGGAAAUGAACUACGUACUAUUGGAACGGAUACAAAUGAUCAAAUUUAUGAGAAUAGAACUUCUGAGGAUGCCACAACAGGAGAGGCAACCCCUAGAAUUAACCGUCGACAUAACGUCCUUUUAAUCAUUUCAAUUGUAACUAGGCUAGUUGCAAAUCAACUGCUGAGGCAGCAAAGUAGAGGUUUAACAAAUCACAUCUUGGAUAAUAAUAUGAGUGUGUUUUUUCAUUUGGAUUGGGAUCAAAAUAAUGUAAUCAGUUUACCUGAAAGUAAUAUGUUAGGAAUUAAUCAAAACCUUGAAAAUGAAACAAGUUUGAAUAAUACUUCUGAAAUUCAAAACGGUAAUGAAUCAGAACCCUCUGAUGCAUCUACUUUUGUAAAUAAUAGAGAGGAUGAAAGUGAAUCUGAAAAUAUGUCAAGAAAUGGAUAUGAGUAUAUACCUGGUAAUGAAUAUAAUUAUAAUAGACAUGCAGAAGACGACACAACAGAAUUAUUAUCUAGUUCAGAAACAGAGUAUAUACGUUUAUUAGAAGGAGGUGCAUCAUCUUCUCUAUACGUUCAAUCAAGUGAAAAUAAUUUACGGGGUUCUAUAACGAAUACACCUAUUAAUCAAAAAAGUGAUAAUCGUGAUAAUGGGUUCUCAGAAUUAAUUCGUAUUUUGGAUGGCGACUAUUCUUAUGAUCAUGAAACAGAACGUUUUGAAUAUACAUAUUCACCAGAAAAUAGAACUAUAGAAUUCACACCAAUAAGUUCUUUAACAUUAUCAAGAAAUCAAUAUGAUGAUUAUAAUAAUGCAGUAUUUGCUGAUAAACAGUUAAUAGAAGGGAAUGGAAGUAUAGCUAAUUCUGUUGAUUCCGACGAUUAUGAUUAUGAUUAUGAACAUGAAUAUGAAAUAAUGGAAGCAAGACGAAACUUAAAUACAAAUCGUAUUCCUAUUAAUGAUAUUUAUAGAUUUGCUAGUUUUACUAUUCCGAAUAAUUCAAACAAUAAUAUAUCUUUUAAUAUUUCUGAAAAUUAUUAUGAUGAUGAUAUAUUUUUCUAUAAUGAUAGGGAGUAUGCUAUUGGAAGGGAAAGUUCAAGAAUUAAUCAAAAUAAUUAUAAUACUAUAAAUUAUGGAAAUGUUAGUUAUGGAUAUGACGAUGAUGAUGAUGGUUAUGAUUAUGAAUUUGGAAAUUUCGAAUUUACAUAUUCAAGACCUAAUUAUAUGUCAUACAGGGGUGAUGGUAUGAUUUCUUUAGAUGACCCUAUUGAAUUUGAUAAUGAUGAUUUAAAUAUAUCUAAUAAUAUAAAUUCACAGCCCUCUAUAGAUCAUGAAACAAAUUAUAGAAACAAUAUGACUUUGAGACGCCCAUCAACUGAAGAAUUCACUUUUGGAAAUACCCCACCAAGUGCUUUUUCUUUAAAUACCACACCAUCAAAUAAUAAUAUGGAUAAUGAUGAUGAUGAUAUAGAAAUAUUGAAUGAUGUAACAAUUGGUAACGAUGCAUUUGAUGAAGUUGAUUUAAAUCGUGAACCUAUGAGUAAUAUAAAUUGGGGUAGAUUUAUGUUUAAUGAUGCAACUAUUAAUGGGACAUCAUUUAAUGAUAUUGCUUUUACUCAAAAUGAGAUGGGAAACUAUUCUUUUGGAACUUUAAGAUCGAGGGAUCUAUUGUCUAAUGUAGAUGCAAACCCUGAUAAUAUAGAGAAUCUUGAUAUUAAUAUAUCUGAUUUUAUAAGUUUAGAUAAUGGCAAUGAUGGUUCUGAUUCUGAAUUACAACCUAUACUUGUUGGAAAAGAAAACUCAUAUGAAUCUGACAAUGGAAGUAACGGGUCAGAAUAUUAUGAUACCAUUUCUGCUUUCGGUCAUAAUAAUGAUGAAGGCGAUUCUGGAUCUGAUGAAUAUUUUGAAUCUGCAAAUAAUAUAGAACCCAUUCAAUCUUGUUCGACUUCAACAACAGCAGAGAGUUGUAAUAAAAAUAGUAACAACACUUGUAGAAUUAAAGAAAAUUGUGAAAAAUCUUUAAAUUCAAAUAUCCGAUAA